AUGAACUAAUUAACUACUAUAUACAUAAGUGUUACAAUAUUGAUAUCAAAGGCACAUAAUUUCAAUAAAGUAAGUUUAAUACAGAGAAAUCAAUAAGAGUAAGAGGAUAAUUCAUAAAUAAACUAAUGUUAACUGAAUUAGAUAAAAGUAGAGGAAAUUUGUUAAAGUAGAAAUUGCCACUUUAGUUGUCAAUAAUGUUAUGAAAUAGGAUAGGAUAAAUGUAUUUCUUGUAAUAUUGUUGCCAAAAGAACAUUAUGGAAUAAUCAAUGUAUAUGUAUGACAGCAUAUUAUGAGAAUGACCAAUAAUCAGCCUGCUAAGAAUGCCAUAAAUCUUGUAGAAGUUGCUCAGGAUCAGGUGCUAAUGAUUGCUUAGGUUGCUAUAAUACCUUUGAAAUACAAAAUGGAAACUGUGUAUGCAACUUAGGUUAUUAUUAUGAUUAUGACAAUAUGGAAUGUAGAUAAUGCCAUUAUAGUUGUGAAUUUUGCAGCGGUUCUGGUAUUGACAAUUGCUUAAAAUGUCUUAUUGAUUCCAAUCGAUCUUUAAUAGAUAAUAAAUGCAUGUGUUAUGAUGGCUAUUAUGAUAUAUAAGGCAAUCCUGUUUGUAUAAAAUGUCAUACAAAUUGCUAGACUUGUAGUGAAUAUGAGAUUUGUUAAAGUUGCACAAGUGACAGAACAUUAAUAAAUAAUGAAUGCGUUUGUUAAAGCAAUUACUUUUUGUUUAAAUCUAUUUUCUUUUCUACUUGUUAAGCUUGUAAUAGACGAUGCCUAACUUGUUUUGGUUAAUUAGAAUAUGAAUGUUUAAGUUGUGGACCACACAGCACUUUAUAAUUAAGCAAUUCUUGCUUAUGUGAUCCAGGCUAUUACUUUAUAAAUGACCAAUGCUAAAUUUGUGAUUCGAACUGCCUAACAUGUGUCUAUAGUAGUACUCAGUGUGAGAGUUGUAAUACAAAUUAUGUCUUAUAAUCGAAUAAUAUCUGCUGUCAUUCCUCUAAUAUCUUUGUUAGCAAUCAAUGUGCAUGCAAUAGUACUCAAUAUAAGGAUUCAAAUGGAAUUUGCUAAUAAUGUGCAUCAUCGUGUUUGAAUUGUCGUGGUAUAUUUUGUGAUGAAUGUUUAAAUAAACUAUAUUAUGGACCGAAUUGUGAUGUUCUAACCACUUUACCAUCAAAUUGUAGUUUAUUUGAUAUAAAUGGGACUUGUGGAUAAUGUGUCAAUAAUUAUUAAUUAAAUUCAUCAAAAAUUUGCGAAUGUAAGCUUCCAAUAAGAAAUUAAGAAUACUAAGAUUGUUCCACAUAUAUAUCUAAUUGUACAGCUUGUAAUCCUACUGGAUGUUAAUCUUGUGAUUCAACAUAUUUUGUCUAAUCAGGAAAUUGUGUUUAUUGCGGAUCUAAUUGUUUAUCAUGUUUAAUAUCAACAGCAUGCUCGACUUCAACAUGUACACCAUGUCAUUAAAGUUGCUUGCAUUGUUCAAAUUCUGGCCCUAGUAAUUGCAUUUAAUGUAAGAAUAAUGCCCAUUAAGAUACUUUGGGUCCUACAUUUGGUUGUGUUUGUGAUUCACAUUAUUACAUGGAUGCAAAUUAUGAAUGCCAAAUUUGUGAUCAAAAUUGCAAUUAAUGUUCUACUUCAAGUACUUAUUGUACAGAAUGCAAUUCUACUUUUAAGAGAAUUUUUAAUAGCAAUAAUUGCGAUUGUGAUACUGCUAAUGGCUUUUAGGAACUAGGAACUUACUAAUGUUAUAACAUAGAUUGUGGAUAUGGAUGUGCAGAUUGUGUGUCUAUAAUUUUUGGAUUCGCUUGUAAUUCUUGUAUGGGAAGUGAAACAUUUAGAAUAAAUGACCCUCUAUCAAAUUGCCCCUGUUAGGAUGGGUAUUAUGAUGUUCAAGCUAGGAUUUGCUUAUAGUGUCCAUAUUAAUGUUCUACUUGUUAAUUAGACCCAUUUACUAAUUUACCUGUAUGCAUCAAAUGCUAAAUAAAUAGAGAUAAGGAUGAUUUCUGUAGGUGUGCAAAAGGAUUUUAUGAAAGUGGGACUAACUGCCUGACAUGUCCUCCAAAUUGUUCUAGUUGUAUGGACUAAAAUCGUUGUAUCAAAUGUAUUAAUACCAAUUUUGAUCAUAUUGAAAUCAAUGGAUAAUGCGUAUGUAAUCUAAAGAAUUUUAAUAAUAUAUCUAACUGUUCAUGUUUAGAUGGAUACUAUCUUAACAAUAUCAAUAAAAAAUGCUUACCCUGUCAUUUUAAUUGCAUUACUUGUAUAUAUGCAGCAACCAAUUGCUUAACAUGUAAUGAUUAUCAUGCUUAACCACCAAAUUGUGAAUGCUCUCCUGGAUUUUAUUUGUAAGAUUUCGAAUGUUUGCCUUGUAAAAACAAUUGUUUCAAAUGCAAAUCCUAGUCAGAAUGUUUAGAUUGCUCUGAUCAGAUGCAAUUAAUUAAUAAUAAAUGUUAUUGUUAAAAUGGAUAUUUCAAUUUACCAAAUUCCUAUGAUUGUCAACCUUGUGCUACUUAAUGCACUACCUGUAGACACUAAGAAAAUAAUUGUACAUCAUGCAAAUUCAAUAGAAUUUUACCUUAAAAAUGCAUAUGUCCUGAUGGAACUUAUGAAGUUGAUGUAUUUACUCCAUGUAAUGACUGUGAUAAUAAAUGUAAGGUUUGCGAACUAUCUUCUAAUAAUUGUUUAUAAUGCUCUCUUUAUAGAAUCAACCCUCCAAGUUGCGAUUGCAAAAUUGGAUAUUUUGAAAAUGAUUAAUAAACCUGUUAAGAAUGCAAUAAGAGAUGUAAGUCAUGCCAAAAUACUUCUGAAACUUGUAUUGAAUGUAAGAUGAUCACUGCUACUCCUCCAGAAUGCACGUGUCCGGAUGGCUAUUAUUAUGGAUUAGAACAAGGAUGUGUCUAAUGUCAUUCUAGAUGUAAAACUUGCAUAGGCUCUAAUGAAUAUAAUUGUCUUUCUUGUGAUGAAUCUAAAAACUUUGAACUAGUCUAUAAUAAAUGUGUUUGCCAAAACAACUAUUAUUUUUAAAAUGACUCCUGCCUCUAUUGUUCUAUUGAAGUUGAACUAUGUUAAACUUUAUAAUGUGGAAAUGGGAUAAUUUAGAAGAAUGAAUAAUGUGAUGAUUGGAAUAAUGAUGAUAGAGAUGGGUGUUCUAAAAAUUGUAAAUUUGAAGAAGGAUAUUACUGUGAAUCCAUAUCUAAUAUGAAGCUUCAUGUUUCUAUUAAGAUGACAACGUGUACUAAAUGUGUUGAUAAUUGUAAAGUCUGUAAUAAAAACAAAUGUUAGACUUGUCAUAGUGGUUACUUUAUCACUCCUAAUUUUGACUGUUAAAAAUGCAAUUUUCAUUGCAAAGAGUGUUCUGGGCCACAAUAAAAAGAUUGUUUAUCGUGCAUCAAAGGAAUUGAUUAUGAUUUGGGAUAGAAGUGCGCUUUUUGUGAAGAAACCUAAGGAUUAUACACCAAUAAGGAUAAAUGUGUUUCAAAGUGUGGGGAUGGGAUUAAAAAAAAUGAUGAAUAAUGUGAUGAUGGAAAUAUCAUCAAUAAGGAUGGAUGCUCGGAAAAAUGUAAAAUUGAAGAAGACUGGGAUUGCUCAAAACAACUCAAUACUAUAAGUUCUUGUUAUAAAUUAAAUGUUCCAAUAGCUACCAUCUCUUUUGAUAGAGUUAAAGAUUUCUAUUAAUCUCAAAGGGAAGGAUCUAUCACAUUUAAUAAGGUAAUGACAAUACCGAAUUCAUCAAUAAUAAACACAUGGAAAUAUACUAUACUCAAUUAAACAACAUCAACUUACUCUGUUAAUUUGACUGCUCUUUUAGAUUUAGAUGGAUAUUUGGAAUCUGUUCUAAUUGAUUUGAAACUCCUUUAAUCCAUCUCUCAAAUUGUAUUUCAAGUCGACUUUACAACUUUUCUCAUUAAGGAUGCCAUAGAUCAAUACCCUUUGAAAACUGCCAAUAUAUCAAUUGAAUUGACUAAAUACAUUUAGCUUGGAUAAGAUACUCUGAGCACAUCUAAGGCAUCUAAAUAAUUUGCCUCUUCUGUGUUAUUCAUUUUGGGGGGUGUUGCGCUUUUAGGAUUAUUAAUGGGGAGCUUAGAAUUUUAUUGGAAUGUCCUUGAUAAUUUAUAGAUUCUCUCUUAUAUUACAUUUAUCAAUGUUAAUUUUCCUUAUUUACACAAUAAAUUCUUGGAGAUAUUUUAAUUUGCAAGAUUGGAAUUUACAAAUGACUAUUUUAAAUUUGAUGUUGUUUAAGACCUAGAUUAUAAUUAGAAUAAAGACUAUCCCUUGAUUGUUGAAAAGCACGUAGAGUAUAAUUUAGUCAUCAAUUUGAGUUCAAUUGUAGUCUUAUGGGUCACUCCUAUAAUCUUAUUAGUGUUGGCUAAGAUCAAUUUAUUUAUUAUCAAUGAAGUCUUGAUUAACAAACUCAAGAUUUUAUCAAAUUAUCGUUUGGAAAAGCUUAAUAGUCUUACCUAUUUAAGCUAUAAAUUGGUGUACUUUAUUCAUUAUAUCAGCUUGAAAUAUUAUUCCAACUUCUUCUAUAACAUUAUUCUCAGAAUUUACUUAUCUAGUCUUUAUGAUCUAAACUUUUCAAUUUUCACCUCAGCCUAUUGUUGGCUUUGGAAUUAGAAUCCUAAUUUAGUAGAUUAAAUAUCGUUCAUAGCAGCAAUGUUCCUGCUCUUCAUUUAAAUUGCAAUUUUAUUUUUAUUAUCCUCAUCAUUAAAAGCAUCUACUUAUCAACUAAAAUCUAAAAGAUUUUUAUCUUAAUUCAGUUCCUUAUAUGAGGGAGUUAAUUUUAAAAAUUAAAUAAUUAGAUAAAUUUAAUUUCUGCAGCCAUUAAGAAAAAUUUUGUUUAUGGGAGCCUUAAUUUUAUUUUAUGAUUCAGCAAUAUAUUAAAUAUCCCUUCUAAUUUCAAUUUAGAUUAUAUCUUCAUUGAUUUAAAUAUCCUAAAAUCCUUAUUUAAAUUAUUUGCAAUCAAUCAAAGGAAUAACUUAAGAAGUGGGAUUAAGUUUAUCAUUAUCGUUAAUCUUAAUUUAUUAUGGUCAAGAUAAAUUGAACUUACUUGACUAAAGUGUGAUUGAAAAGUUAUCAUAUGUUCACGUAGGAAUAUAUACAGUAAUGCUGUGCAUCAGUCUCAUCAUUGACUUAUACCAAUAAUUAAAGAUUAUCUUCAUUAAAUAUAAACUGUUUAAGUUUUGCUAAAAGAAGGAUGUUAAGUAAGAAAACUAAGGCAAUCCUUUCUAAUAAAGUAUUUUUAUAGAUUUAACAUAAUUUCAAAAUCAACAACAAUAAUAAAAGUAAUAUCACAGCUAAUAGUAAUAACAAUAAAAUUAAUAUCACAGCUAAUAACAAUAAUAAAAUUAAUAUCACUUUAUUAAUUUUAGAAUUAAUUGA